AUGUUGAUUAUUGGUAAGAGUGAAUCAGGAACAUCCCUUAAUCAAGAGGAUAUUGCAAAAUAUGUUGAACUAGCUUGUGGUUCAAAGCUGGAAGAUAAAGUUGUGUUGGAGUACCUGAUAAAGGUAAUUUAUGCUGAGAUUCUUGAAAACAAAGGAAGGAUGUCUAAAGAUAGAUUAUUUGAAAUAAUGGAUAUUUUCUUGAAGCAGUAUGGUGAUUUUGAUGAUAUUAAUUCAGUUGUAAAUGAAAUUUAUGACCAAUUAGAAAUUGAGCCAGAAGAGUCUGAUGAACUUGCUGGAGUAUUAAAGGUAAUUGAACCAACAAAAAUUCUUAGUUCUGAAGUUGAGACAGAAAAGUUCAAAUAUGACCCUCUACUUGAUCUAGAUUUGGGAGCGAGUGGAAACUUUAAUAAAAGCAUUCCAAUUGGAGAAAGCAUUAAGCUUCAAAAAGCUGCAGCUAAGGAAAAAGAGAGGCAACUUAGACUUUUAAGACAGUGGGAAAAACAAAAGCUUGAAGUUCCUGUUCCUGUGUGCCACCAUCCAAUUGACAGGUCUAGACAAAAACUAACAGACAUUCAAAUAGCAAACAUUACCAUUUUUAUUGCAGGAAGAGCUCUUCUGAGUGAUGCGUCAUUGAAUCUAAGUCUGAAGCAUAAAUACGGACUAAUAGGUAGAAAUGGAGUUGGUAAGUCAACUCUUCUGACUUAUAUUGUAAGAAGAGAGAUCCCAGGAAUUCCUUCAGACGUUUCUAUUGCUUGUGUUGAGCAAGUACUACAUUACAAACCCGAAGAAACAGUUUUGGACGCAGUUUUAAGCAUUGAUACCGAAAGACUUGCACUUUUAGAAGAGGAAAAGAAACUCCUGGCUAGAAGUGAUGAGGAACUUACAGAACAGGAGUUUUUCAAAGAAGAAAAUAAUGCACGUCUAAGCCAAAUAUACGAGAGAUUAACCGAAAUUGACGCAUAUACUGCUGAAAAUAGAGCCUUUGUUAUUUUAGCUGGUUUGGGAUUCACCCAAGAAAUGAUCAGAGAAAAGGUUGUUAGACUUUCAGGAGGAUGGAGAAUGAGAGUGGCUCUUGCGAGAGCAAUUUACGCUAAUCCUGAUGUAUUACUUUUGGAUGAACCUACAAAUCACUUGGACAUCCUUGCAGUUACUUGGCUUGAAAACUUCCUUAAAGAUUGGGACAGAACUUGUGUGAUUGUUAGCCACUCGAGAGAUUUUCUCAACCAAGUAUGUUCUGAUAUUAUACACUUCCAUGACCACAAGCUAACGUACUUUAAGGGGAAUUAUGAUUCAUUUGAGGAGGCAAGAUCUAAUGAUUUAAUUCUUAAAAAGAAACAGUUUGAACAACAGUCAGCUGAAAAAGAACGAAUUCAGAAAUUCAUUGAUAGGUUCAGAUAUAAUGCUAGCAAAGCAAGCUUAGUUCAAAGUAGAAUCAAAUUUCUUGAGAAGCUCCCCAUUAUUGAAGAAAUCCAAAAAGAUCCCACUGUUGUUUUUGAUUUUAACACCAUGGAUACACCUGGAUCUACGAAUACCGGAAAAAGUAACGGGGACUUUGUAUCUCUUAUUGAAUGUUGUGAUAUCAGCUUCUAUUACUCACAAGAUUCUAGUAAUACUAUCAAACAUAUCGUUCAUGACUUUAGUAUGAGUAUACACAGCAACUCUAAGAUUGCAAUUUGUGGAGGAAACGGAAGCGGAAAAACUACCAUUUUGAAACUCAUUAUGGGGCAACUCAACCCAACCAAAGGAAUGAUUAAAAGAGAUCCCAAGAUUAGAAUUGGUUACUUUGCCCAACAUCACAUAGAUUCGCUUGACCUUACACUUAACUCUAUUCAACAACUACAAGCAAGAUAUCCUGGGUCGGAUAUUUCUGAAGAAAAAGCCAGAAAUUUCCUCGGGAGAUUUGGAAUUACAGGAAGCCUCGCUUUAGAGCCUCUAUAUGUUCUUUCCGGAGGUCAGAAAAGCAGAGUUGCUAUUGCUAUAAUGGCAUAUCUAAAUCCUCACAUACUAAUCUUAGAUGAGCCUACAAACCACCUUGAUCUUGAUGCAAUUCAAGCUCUAAUUGUUGCUCUUAAUUCUUUCAAUGGAGGUGUUAUUAUUGUUAGUCACGAUGCACACUUAAUUUCCUGUGUUACUGACUCAAUUUGGCAUAUUGACCAUAUAAAUAAAACCCUAAAAGAAUUCAAGAGUGGUGAUUUCGAACUAUAUAGAAAAACUGUAAUCAGGUCAUCUAUUUGA